AUGGCUGAUGACGAGUUCGACAUUGAUAUCUAUGGAGAUACCAACACUGAACAGGACACAAUCUUCAAGAAAGAUGAUGAAGGUGAUGUCAAGAUUGACGGCGUUGAACCUCCGGUCGCACCAGCUGCCGAAACUAAUGGUAAACACGAAGAACAAGAUGACGAUUAUGUAGAUAUCAAGGUUAGUCAUGAGAAGGAUGAACUCGCUGAAGGCCAACAAAAGAUAAAGAGUACCGACGAAUCUGGACGAGACAUUCUCAACAUACCCAAGCAGGCCCCUCAACAACAAGGUGUAAAGAGAAAGGAAGGCUCCGACGAUCGCCCAAUCGAUCAAGGUGCGACUACGGCCUUGCUCAUAUCAGAAUUACAUUGGUGGAAUACCGACGAUGAUAUCCGGGGAUGGAUCAAUCAGGCUCAAGUCGAAGAUGAGCUGAAGGAGAUGACUUUCUCCGAGCACAAGGUUAAUGGAAAGAGCAAGGGACAAGCCUAUGUGGAAUUUACGUCCCAACAAGCUGCAACGGCAGUGAAACGAAAGAUUGACGCUUUCGGUGAAGGUCACCAAUAUGUGAAGAAGCAGACAGUCACAUUCCACAAUCCAAAUGUCAAUCCAUUCCGCACCUUACCGAAAGACGCGCCAGCCCGCGCCACGAAAGAAGGCCAAAAUAGUCGAUCAAGCUCAGGACCAGGAGGUUACAACAGUGAGAGGGGCAGUCAUACUUCAGGCAACUUUGGUGGUAAUUUCCGCGGGCGUGGCGGUGGAUACAACUCUUCUCGUGGAGGUAUGAACAACAUGAAUCAAGGCAAUUUCAACCGUAACUUUUCAGGCUCAGGAGGAUCCAUGGGCGGGGGCUUUAAUUCUUCAAUGGGUGGCGGGUUUCAAGGAAAUCCCAUGGGAAAUCAAUUUGGUGGAUUCAAUCGUGGAGGCAUGAUGGGCGGCAUGCGGGGUGGCCCUGGAGGUAUGAGAGGCGGUCGAGGGGGAAUGGGAAAUAACAUGAUGGGAGGCAUGCCCAUGGGAGGUAUGCCAAUGGGUGGAAUGGGCGGAAUGGGAAUGCCUAUGAACAUGGGUAAUAUGGCACAAAUGGGUGGUGCAAUGCAAGGCGGGAAUGGCUUCCAACCUAUGCAACCGCACUUUAAUCCUGCGUUCUUUCAACAAAAUCAAAGUGCUGGUGGUGACUGGCAGAAUCCACACGGCGCCAAAAGACCAAGACCAGAAUGA